UAGUUAAGAGGAGAGAGAAAAUAAAAAGUUUUGGCCUCUCAGUUGGUUUAAUCACACACUGAUUGAGAAAGAAAGAAGAAAACUUGCCCUUUUAGUUUUACCAUUUCUUCUGUUCCAAUUAUCUCUUCCUCAUCUCCUCUUUUUUUUUUUUCCUUCUACAUCAACUUGAAGAAAAGAGAAACUCAAAGUCACACCCACACACACAGAGAGCAAGUGAACAAAAAAUAAAGCAAAAAAAAUAAUAUCUGUUGAUCAGCAUCUCAACUUUCAACCCUAGUCACACUUAAAUUAAAGUGGUGAAGUUGUGGUGAGUUCUGUUACUUGCAUCCAUUGUGGAUGUGGAGGAAUUAAAGGUUGACCUAGGUGAAAUGAGGGAUGUUAUCGAGGUUGAUAUCAUUCCUGAAGGCCUGUUGGCGGCCGUCUUCAGACCGUUAUUCUCACUCGGGUUCGGAUGCAGCAGGACGGCAAGAGGGGCUUCUUUGGUAUAAGGAUAUUGGGAAGCAUAUUAAUGGUGACUUCUCUAUGGCUGUUGUUCAGGCAAAUAAUUUGUUAGAGGAUCAAAGCCAGAUAGAGUCAGGUUCUUUGAGCUUGCUGGAUUCUGGUCCAUACGGGACGUUUGUUGGGGUAUAUGAUGGCCAUGGCGGGCCUGAGACAUCACGUUAUAUCAACGAUCAUCUCUUUCACCACCUUAAACGAUUUGCUGCCGAACAACAGUCAAUGUCAGUUGAUGUGAUAAGAAAAGCAUUUCAAGCAACUGAAGAGGGAUUCUUCUCCAUUGUAGCCAAACAGUGGCCCAUGAAGCCUCAGAUUGCUGCUGUUGGGUCUUGCUGCCUGGCUGGUGUGGUUUGUAAUGGUAUCCUUUACAUUGCCAACCUUGGGGACUCUCGUGCUGUGCUUGGAAGGGCUGUUAAGGCAACUGGUGAGGUUCUUGCCAUCCAGUUGUCUGCCGAACACAACGUUAGUAUUGAAUCUGUGAGACAGGAGAUGCAUUCGAUGCAUCCAGAAGACUCAAAUAUAGUAGUGCUGAAGCAUAAUGUAUGGCGGGUGAAAGGCUUGAUACAAGUUUCUAGAUCUAUUGGUGAUGUAUAUUUGAAAAAAACAGAGUACAACAGGCAGCCUUUGUAUGCUAAAUUUCGCCUCAGGGAACCUUUUAAGAAGCCGAUUUUGAGCUCUGACCCAACUAUCUCUGUGCAUGAGCUUCAGCCAGAUGACCAGUUUGUUAUAUUUGCUUCUGAUGGUCUCUGGGAGCACCUUAGCAAUCAAGAAGCAGUUGAUCUUGUCCAAAAUAGUCCACACAAUGGGAGUGCUAGAAGACUGUUAAAAACUGCAUUACAAGAAGCAGCCAAGAAAAGAGAGAUGAGAUACUCGGAUUUGAAAAAGAUCGAUCGUGGGGUACGUCGGCAUUUCCAUGAUGAUAUCACCGUAAUUAUUGUAUUUCUCGACUCAAAUCUAAUAUCUAGAGCCAGCUCAGCAAGGGGUCCCACUUUGUCCCUCCGAGGCGGCGGUAUUAGCCUCCCUGCAAAAACUCUAGCUCCUUGUGCCACGCCCAUGGAGGUCGGUAAUAGCUGAUGAGAGUUUUCCCUCUCUUUCUCUCAUGUUAUUAUCUCUGUUGUAUCUAAUUCCCCCCCAAACCCCUUUUUUCAGACUUCUCAUAAAUCUCAUCAGGUGAUACACUAUUUAGAAAGAUAAAAAACGGAAGGUUCUGAUCUUUUUAAUUUAAAUUCUUUAAUGUAAAAUGUAACAUUUUAACUUUGGGUUACUGUGAAAAACUAUUUCGUGAGGAGAAUGAAAAAGAACGAAAGAAUUUGAUCAAGGCCGCUCUGAAUAGGUGACGAGAAAGAUUCAUUCUAUGGAACACACACCACACCCCUUCCUUUACUAAUCUUGAUUCCAUGGUCUUGAAACUCUGUAAAUGUUUGUAUUUCUGGGUAUACACAGCUUAACAUUUGUUUUUGUGCAUGAAACGCGAUUUAAAUUAUAAUGCAUCGUUGUAUAGAGAAGCAGGACAAUGACUGGAAUUCAGAAGGGGAAAUUUGUUUCUUUUUUA